AUGAAGGCUGUUACGAAAGUUGUGGAACGCCAUCAGUCCUUAAUUUCUAAGAAUGAAGAAAAGGAGAGUGAAGAUGUUCUGAAUUUCGAAAAGAUAGGUUUCUUACUUGGCGAAUUGAAGGAAAUUGUGUCAAAGUCUACUACAGCUUCUGGUUUAACUCUUGAAUUUUUAACUCAGAAAUUCAAUUCCCUUGAAGCAUCAAUAACAAAACCAGUAGCUCCUCUAUCAAAAUUUGCAAAUAUCUUACCAACCGGUGCCCCACUUGUUGUCACAGGGGUGCAAGGGGGGAGAAACGGAUUUAGUUGUACUGUUGAAGGUUUGCCUCCAACUGUUGAAGGUUUGUUGCCUACUGUUGAAGGUUUGUUGCCAAUAGUGUGUGCGGUUAAAGUGAUUGCUGAUUAA